UUCGGGUGCCCGUGGGCAAAAGAGGGAAAGGAGUUAUUGUUUUCUUUCUGCUUUUUAAUGAAGUUUACCCUGUCGCUCUUUCAGGAAAAUGUUAGUAGCUUGGAAAAACUUUGCAAAGCACUGCGGAUCUGCCACAGAGGGAGUGAAUUCAUGAGGAAAGGAGGAUCAGAGAAUGAUGGCUGAAUCUCCGUCAAGGCAUCCCGGCUUUGGCAAUUCCGGGAAGAGUUUUCUUAUUGAUAAUCUGCUGCGUCCUGGCAAUAAAUCACCUGCUCCUCAGAUCAUACCUGACGCUGCUCAGAAAAGAUGCUAUCCCGGGUUGGUGUGUCGGCCGAUCGGUCUGGCUCUGAAGGGCACAUGGGGACCCACAUAUGGAGCUCAGAGUCAUCUGCAAGAGACAGAGACACUCAAACCACAUUCAGUGAUGAUGCUGUGUGCAUCUCCUCUCAUUCACCCCUGCUGCGGCAGCUCCACACCACUGACCUGCACUCCUCCUCUCCUCUCCAGCUCCAAGGGUUCAAGUUGUGCAGUGUGGAGUCCAGGAUCGAGCCCUAAACCCCAUAGAGGAAUCCUGAGGAGAGCAGUGUUCUCAGAGCAGCAGAGGAAAGAGCUGGAGAGAACGUUCCGCAGACAGAAAUACAUCAGCAAAACUGACCGCAGCAGACUGGCCACACAACUUUGUCUGAAAGAAACACAGGUGAAGAUUUGGUUCCAGAACCGCAGGAUGAAGUGGAGGAACUCAAAGGAGAGAGAGAGUCUGAGCACACGGCCAGCUAUGGAGGAGCUGCUGCUCAGGAGCAUUUCGGACGGAGAGGGAGAAACGGAACACACAUGCAUACCCCUCCGAGUGCCACAGAGUCAUCACAGCCCCGCAGCAGCAGCUGACAAAUGCUCAAGAGAUCUCACACAUCAGGCUGCUCACAGUGUCCAGAGAUAAGAAACGUGUGCACAUCUCUCUGUGCUUCACUGAGCUUGUGAAACAAAGGUUUCUACAUGUGUUAAGAAGCAGUGCAGCAACACAAACCUGUAAAUAUGUCUUCACAGACAGCCAAAGCAGACUUUGUUUCUGUUGUAUAGGACUGUAUGCUUUUAUUGAGUGUACUCACACACUAAUUCACUGUACUAACUGUGCUGUAACUGAAUACAAAAAUGAUUGGUGAAUAGUAAAAAUGCUAAUGUGAUCACAUGGACAUAUGACUUUUGUAUGACUGUGUCAUGCAGAACACCGAGUACCUUACAGUAGUGAACAAUAACAAUGGAACAUUGUGAAUUAGACAUGCUUUUACUUGUAAUCUCUCAUGAUGUUGAUGUAAUGUUACCUGUAUAUAAUGUUUAAUGAUCUCUGACAUGAAAGACAAAAAAGAUAUUGAA